ACGACCGCCUUACAUAUUCCUUUUCAAUCCCCUUUCCUUCUUUCCGGUUCUGCUGUGGUUUUCCCUCUUCUUCCUCUUCUUCUUCUUCUUCUUCUUCUUCUUCUUCGGCGGCGCAAGACACAUACACAACAACUACUGUUAGCUCUUCUGUAUCUGUCUCUGCUCAGUCGGUCCUCCGGAGUUCAUAUCUUAUCAGGGGUUUUUUGCGUUUUCUGGAACUGGACAACCUGGCUAUCGAUAAUCAACACCAGCAGAGUAUUAAUUUUGGGGUAAUACAUUCCAACCAUAAGAACAGCAUGGUGAGUCCGAGUGGUCGAAUUGGGCAAGAUGAUGAUAUGGGUCCGCCAUGGCUGAAACCACUUUUAAGGGGUAGCUACUUCAGUCCCUGCAAAAUUCACGGAGACUCCAACAAGAGCGAAUGCAACAUGUUCUGUUUGGACUGUACUGGAAACGCUCUCUGUUCUUACUGUUUGAUUGAUCACAGAGAUCAUCGCGUUAUUCAGAUAAGGCGAUCUUCAUACCAUAACGUGGUGAGGGUAAAUGAGAUUCAGAAGUACAUCGACAUCUCCGGGGUCCAAACCUACAUUAUCAACAGUGCGAAGAUUGUGUUUCUGAAUGAGCGGCCACAGCCUAGGCCGGGAAAGGGAGUCACCAACACCUGUGAAAUUUGCUGCCGGAGCCUUCUGGAUUCCUUCCGUUUCUGUUCUUUGGGCUGCAAGCUUGGGGGCAUAAAGAGAGGUGACCCACACCUCACAUUCGCACUGAAGCAGAAGCAGCAGCAGCAGCAGCAGCAGAUGCCCUCCAGCCGUGACUACUACUAUCCCAAUUACCAUCACCGCCACCACCACGCGGCCGCCGCAGCAGCAGCAGGAGGCGGCGGCUACGAAUCCUCGGAGGAGUAUGAAUCGUCCACAACCCCUAGGAAGAUGCGAAGAUCCCAUAUUUUCAACCGGUUGAUCGUGGAGGGCUCCUCCAUAUUUUUCCCACACGACGGUGGGGAGAAGUCGUCGACGUCCUUAGGCUCAGGCGUGGUUAACGACGACACCUGCUUUACUAGCAACAUCAAUGUGGUUUCUCCCUCCACCCCUCCCAUCUUUAACCACCGCAAUGCCAGGAGGAGAAAGGGCAUCCCCCACCGCGCUCCCUUUUGAUCCCUCACAAGGUCCAUUCUCGUUCCCCUUAAUUAGCUCCCUGCCUACUCCAUGUGUUGCGUUUCUAAUAAUGUAAGUCGCAAACUCAAGUCAUCCGUCACACUAGUUAAAAGUACAUAUAUGGUACUUUGAAGUUGAAGAUAAAGACUGAUAGGUAUACAUACUCCUUUGUAAAUGGCCCCCGACCCAAAAAAAAAAAAAAAUAGAAGAAGAAACUAGAAUGUGGUAUUUAAUAGAAAAAAGUCGUACAGGUUAAAUUAGGAAUAAAAUGUAGUGAGAAAUUACAAGUUUGUAGUUUUUUUUUUUGGGUGGAGUAAGUGGGUGUUGAAACAGUGGUGUGUGUUUGUUUGGUUGAGUAAGGAAAUGGUUUUCAUCUUUGAAUUAGGGAUAGGGAGUUUAGGACAAUAUUUGUAGAUAUAUACUAUAUAUGUAUAUAUAAAAAUCGUGUGUGCAUAUUGUAUAUAUGUGUACAUUAUGGCUUGCUUUGACUUGUGGUUGGAGGAAAAAAAGUUAGAAAUGAUAUUGCAAAAGAAAAAGAAAAAAAGAAUUAGGCGUUGUGCUCGGUAGUACAUAGAAUGAUCGGCAGUUUGUACAAAUACAUCAUUGUGUAUAUAUGCUAGUGUUUGAAUGUGCGUGCAUGAAAUUAAAGCA